AUGGGCUCCCAGGAAAUCUCCCGCAGGGAGACGUUAGAAAAACAUCAGGAGUCUUUGAAGAAGCAGCGAGACGCUGUGAAGUACCGGCUGAAAAAACUGGCAGCACGGCAGUCAGAGAUCACCAAAAAGUCCUCCGUGAUCCGGGAGAGUAUUGUCCAGAAAUACCAGGAGAUCCAGGCGGUGCUGGAGCAGGACCUGAGGCUCACCUUGUCCCACCUGGAGAUGGAGGAGCGGGCGGCGGUCUCGGCUCUGGAUGGGCUGAUGGAGAAGAACUGCUCUCUGAUCCAGGAGAUCGAGCAGGACCUCGCCAGACUCUCCGUGGUCCUGGAGCAGACCGACGUUGAACCGGAUACGAUGAAAAGGGUGCUGGAUCUACUGAACCGGACGGACCCCAGCAGUGUGAGUCUGGAUGAAGCCAAAGCUGAACAGAUCCUGAGCCUGUCCAACAACCUGCUGCUGCUCGUCUGCUCCCAGACGCCGAUCAUCAAGAAACUCUUCCGGAGCUAUUCCAGCGAGGUGAGUCUGGAUCCAGACACCGCCCACCCGAAGCUCAUCAUCUCCCCUGGAGGCAACAGCGCCACCUACAGCGACACCUGGCAGCAGCUUCCUGACCCGCCCUCUCGCUUCGACACCACCCUCAACGUCCUAAGCGUGCAGGGCUUCAGCUUUGGUCGCCACUACUGGGAGAUCGACGUUACUGGAAAGACUUACUGGGAGCUGGGUGUCACCUAUCCCACCAUAACUCGUAAAGGCCCCACUGAGGACUGCUGGCUGGGGCGGGGCAGCGAGUCCUGGUGCGUGGAGUUCUUUGACGGGGAGUACACGGCCUGGCAUGGGGGCGUGCCCCACCAGCUGCCCUUUACGAACCGAAUCAGCCGAGUCGGCGUUUUGUGCAGCUUCCCUGCAGGGCUGGUGACGUUUGUGGAGGCGGAAAACAUGACACAGCUUAUCUCUUUCUGUGCCGGAACUUUCUCAGACCAGCUUCACCUCGCCGUCUGUCCUGGUCAUGACCACAACGGCACAAACGCUGAACCCAUCGUCAUCUGUAAUGCUGCUUCCCCCACCAGUGACCUCGGGUUGGAGUCUCUGCACAAAAGCAUGGAAUGA